AUGCAGACUCGGCUGAAGCCACGGCCUGAUGAGCCACACUUGGCCGUGCACCCGCCCAGCUGCAUCACCCCGCUGUGGGGCGUGUGGGAGAUGUGGUGCGUACUGCCAGGCCCUGUCGGCGCAGCGGCCGGGGGUGGUGGCAACAACAACGUGCGCAGCAGCGCUGUCAAGGGGGGCGCGUUGCCUAAGGCGAAUGCAAAAAGCGCAACGUGGCUGGAUCAGGUGCGCAGUAUAGGUCUCUUCGAUAACGCUGAGGGUUUCUGGGGAAUUGUCUCGUGCACCCUGCCGCCAUCGCAGCUGCCGCCCGGCAUCACGUACUACAUGCUACGGCGCAACAUCGCCCCCAUGUGGGAGCACGAGGCCAACCGGCGUGGGGGCCGCUGGGUAGUGCGUUUUCAACAGCAGCAACAACAACAGGAAUCCGCCACACGCGGUAGAGGGGCCUCUACUGAGGGAAAGCCUGCAGAAGCUGCACUGCAACCGCUCCCGGUCGAUGCGGCAUGGGAGAAUUUGUGUAUUGCAUUGAUUGGCGAGCGGCUUCCGUGUCCAGAGACGGAAAUAUGCGGUGUGGCGCUGCGCAGGGCCGAGCGACGACGCGACUGGAAGCUGAGUCUCUGGACACGCACAGCGGCGGACCGUGAGACGCAGAUGCGCAUUGGCCGCUUCGUAAAGACGCUGCUGGACUUAGAGGACGGUGCCCUGCAGUACCUGUCGCAUCGCGAGCUGAUGCAGGCGAGCGAAGAAGGCAGCUGGAGCAUACCACCAAGGUACGAGUUGUAG